CCCGCGCUCAGCUGCUACUCGGGCGGGACCCAGGCUGGACCGCGGGCCCCGGCCUGGGGGCCACAGCUGCCACCGGCGCCGCCACCUUGUGUCUUCCCCAUCCCCGCCCCUCCCCGAGUCUCCCCGCCUCACUCGGGCCCGUGGCCGGGGUCCCUCCCCGCCACCUUACCCCGCGCAGAUGCCGAAGGUGAAGGCGUUGCAAUGCGCCCUGGCGCUGGAGAUCCGCUCUGUAACUUGUCCAGGAGUGGUGCUGAAAGACAAGGAGGACAUCUACCUUAGCAUCUGUGUGUUUGGCCAGUAUAAAAAGACACAAUGUGUCCCAGCCACUUUUCCACUGGUCUUCAAUGCCAGAAUGGUGUUUGAAAAGGUGUUUCCUGAAGCAGUAGACCCUGGAGAUGUGGUUGCACAGCUUGAGUAUGACACAGCAGUAUUUGAGUUGAUACAGCUAGUUCCACCAGUGGGUGAAACACUGUCUACCUAUGAUGAAAAUACGCGAGAUUUUAUGUUCCCGGGUCCAAACCAAAUAUCUGGACACCAUGAUUCAAAUCGCCAGGUGACCAUGAGGAGGAUUUCUGGCCUAAGAGGAAUUGCUCCAAAGCUGGAAUUUUCUACAACUUCAGUUAUCACUGAAUGUCUGAUAAGUUCAAGGAAGUGCCGCACUCAGGAUAAAUUUGUUUACCAUUCAACUCCAGUUGAAAAAUCACAUGGCAGACUGCAAAGCAGAACAUCAAGAUCACAAAAGAAAAAAUCCAAGUCACCUGAUAGAAAUAAGUAUUGCAUAAAUGCAAAAAGCUACGAACAGCCUACAAUUUCUUCAAAAUCUCACUCUCCAUCUCCCUACACAAAAAGACGCAUGUGUGAGCUAUCUGAAGACACCAGGCGGCGCCUGGCCCAUUUAAAUCUGGGACCAUAUGAAUUCAAAAAAGAAACAGAUAAGCCUCCAUUUGUGAUUAGACAUGUUGAUCCUCCAAGUCCCAGGGCUGAUGCUGUGUUUGGAUCUUCUGGCAGAGACUGUGAAAGAGAUGGAUGGGCCAGAAUGCACAAUGACCAUUCCCAUGUUGGCUGUUGUCGUGCCAAGGAUUAUAAGGUUAUCAGGACACCCCAUGGAAGAGACUUCGAUGACUCUUUAGAAAGGUGUGAAGACUAUUUGGGCUCCAGGCCAUGUAUGAAGCCCCAGCAUUCAACGAGGACCUUACUAGUCCACUCAGCGCCCUCAUCAGUGCCAAAGCAUUGCCCAAGCCCCAUGUUAAAUCGAGCUUCUCUCAGGGACAGAUUCCAUUCUGAUUGGUGUUCACCAAACUGUGAUGAGAUCCACGACCGGGUAAAAGAUGUCUUGAAAUCACAUCAAGCUCAUCAAAGGCAUUUAUAUGAUGAGCGAGACCCAGAGAAAGAUGAAGAACUGGAGCUAAAAAGAGGUCUUUUAUACAGAGACUCUGCCUACGACAGUGACCCUGAGUAUAGCUCGUUUCAGCGGCCACGUGGCAAUCUCCAUUUAGAUGACAGCGAGUACUGGUCCAACAGGGCAGCUUCUUACAAGGGAAAAUCCCACCGACCCAUGUUUGAGAACAGCAUGGACAAGAUGUACAGGAACUUAUACAAAAAGGCCUGUAGCUCCGUUUCUCAUACACAAGAAAGCUUCUGAGACCGCCCACCAUAAACUGUAUGAGUGUCCAUGUUAGCCUCUUAAUGAAAAGUUUCAUGUGAUCAAAAUCUGUACUCCUUUCUUUAAAAACAGGUGGUUCACUGAGUAGUUAGACUUGAAUCAAGUACAUACUUCCGGUGGUAAAUUAGCUUAGGCAAGCCUUGUUAUGACAGAAGAUUGUGCUGUGUCUAGAUGUCAUACCUCGGCAGCACAUCUCAGCUUGCAGUCUUUGGCAAGGAUUCUUCACAGCCUGCAUCUGACACCACCAGCUACUGAUAAGAGACAAAUCCUCUCCAAAAAUGUUAUACCUUUAUCACCUUGUAAUUUUCCUUUCAUCUGCUGGGCUGAUUAUCUUGUAUGGGAAAGAAUUAAUAUGAACUCACCUUCUAGAUAAUAUGCAAAAGGACACACUCUACAGAAAUGAAUCUCACAAGUUGAAACCCUGUUUAAUACUAUUCACUUUUCUUUCUCAGAAAAGCAAUUUUUAUAUUGUUAGCCCAUAAAAAUAGCUUUCUUUUUCAAGUUCAUCUAAUCGCUCACUCCUUCUCUGGAAGGACUGCUAAUAGCCAUAUAUUAUCCAAAAUAUGAAUAAAUAAUUCUUCUUCAUAGAUUUUCAUGCAAACAAAAUUGGAAACUAAUCCUUGCUAGUAAGUGAGCAGAAACUCAAAAAGAAUGAAGAAUUUUAUUGAAAUUUUCCUUCAUUGGCAUUUUCAUAGUUAUGCCCCAAGCCAAUAGCACUCUCACUUUAAAGGACACUUGGAAGGAUUUGCUGGUGCUUACCUGUAGGAUCAUUGUUUGAGGUCACCCAGGUAAAGCUAAUGAAAGACAGUCUCAAAACAAAGUAGAGCAUGAUAAUUCUACCUGUUCAGGAGGUAGAGGUGGAAGAAGCACAGUUUGAGGCCAGCCAGGGAAAAUGUAGUCCAAGACUUACCUACCAAACACACACACACACACACACACACACGCACGCACGCACGCACGCACGCACGCACACACACACACACACACACACACACACACAAAAAGCAAAAACUACUGGAAAUUUAUCUCAAGUGGACUAUACCUAGCCUGAAAGUACCUUGACCCAAGUUCAAAUACCAAUACUAACCCCUAAAGAAUAAUAAUCAAAACCAAACAACAUUUUUUAAAGAGGACCUUUGGAACCACUAAGAAUAAAAUAACAUAGCAAGGUGCUUUUUAAGAGGCACUCAAAAAUCUUUUGGCUGGUUAAAAAAUUAGGUACUCAUCCUUGACCCCAACAAACACCUUUUAAGCAAGAGACACACGGAAAGUAUCAGAAACUCUAAUGAAUUUAUGAAAAGGGGAUCUCAAGCUUAGAGUUGACUUUAAAAUGUUUUCUCAUUGACUCCAUUAUUCCACAGUUAUGAUUUCAAAAAACAAAAGAGCAUUACUUACACUUUAUUGCAAUGAAAUUGGAAUGUGGCACUAGUUGGCUUUUAUGUUGAGAAAAAAAUUGAGAAGAAAAUAUAUACAUAUAUAUUUGUUAGAUCAAAAAAGGAUAUCAGAGAUAGGAGCUCUAGGAGUCCUAGGCUUUACUUUUAUUUUAAUUUAGUCUCUUGAAAUUCAUGGUUAGUCUCUUGAACUUCAUGGUCUUUACUUUUCCCAGAUAUCAAAUGAAGAAAAUGAAGUAAAACGAAUUGAGUUCUAUGAACCAGAACCACAGUGAUAUAAGAUUGUUGUAGGAAUAUAAAUGUCACUUUUAUUUGAUGAUACCAGAGUUUGAAUUCAGGGCCUUAUGUUCAGUUAGCUUGCCAUUCAGCUGUUGAUCUACCACUUAAGCCAUGCCUCCAGCCGUAUUUUUUACUGGUUACUUUGUAGAUGGAGUCUCGGACUUUUCUACCAGACUGACUUAAAACUGAGUUCUGGAUCUCAGCCUCCUUUAGUGGCUAGGAUUAUAAGCAUGAGCCCACUGGUGCUCAACUAGAUGUAAUUAUUUUUUAUUGAUCAUAUAAGUCAGGAAAGGAGAGAUACUAUUAAUGUUGGAGCAAUGCUUAUAAGCUAGCAUUGUCCAGCAAAUUAGGACAUAGGGUCCCCAUAGUCAUCGGACUAGCUUAUGCAAGAAGCUGUAGGAAAUCACAGUACUGUAGUGACUGGUGAUUCACUUAGUAGCUACUUGGAGUCUUGAGAUUUCUGCCAGGCCAGCCCAGGCCAAAAGGUCAAGAAACAUCCCUUCUGAAAGAAAGCUAGGAAGCCUAACCAUAAACCUUUGCAAGAAGCAAAAAUGUCAUCCCAAAAAUAGGCAAAAAAAAAAAAAAAACCAGGGCUGCAUGUAUGGCUCAGCAUUAAGAGCAUCUACCUGGCAAGCAUUAAGACCCCAAGGUGUAGACCCUAGCCCCACCUAAACAACAAUGAAGAAAAAGGGAAACAUAAAUCAUGGUAUAAACAUUUGCUAUUUAGUAGUCUGGCACUAAUCUUAAAUAUUUAUUGCAAUAACCCAGAAUUUUCUAACCUACAUUGACCAUGUAACAGUAUUUGUAAUUGUAGCCUCCACUCCUGGUGCUCUAGUUCCCCCCAAAAACACUGACUGAUAAAAGCAAUACCCCAUGAGUACUGAGUUAACCUCUGGUGUAGGUAUGUGAUAAUGUUUUGUACCGUAAGCUUCUGAAGGUCAACAUUGAGUAGACACAUUAAGGGACAUCAGUAUGUUUUGCUGUGGUUAAAAAGUUUUUUGCAUUUAGAAUUUGCUGUUAGGUGCAAAGAACAAAUAAUAUGUCCUACCACAGAAAUUCUCCAUUGCUCCUAUGUCUCCAUGAGUUAUGGCAAGAGCGCAAAAGGUAGCACUCAAAACUUGAGGAACGUAUAUCCUGAAGAUCCGUUAGCAUCUCCGUGCAGAAGGGCAAAAAUUCACAGACAUAUGUAGCAUCUUGGAUAAAUGUCUGAUUAUUUUUCAUUCCACAGGGGAAGGGCAGGUUUUGCCAUUGCUGUGAGUAGUUAUGCUUGUAUUGUCUUGAAAAAAGUAAAAAUUUUAAGAUGGAAACAGAAGGGAAAAGAUGUUUAUCUCCUUAUCCUUAUGCUGCAUUCCCUAUCAAUCUGGUAAUAGUAUUGGACUAAAUAUGAAAAUUGGUUAGGCUUUUCAUGUAUUUUCUUUUCUAAAAUCAUAAAAUUUAGGCAAAAUACUGUUAAAUUCAACAAAGCAAUAAAUAUAUGCCGUUAUACUGAAA